GAGUCAAAUUUUGACAGCUGCAGUCAGAUGUGUAGUGGAAGGAGGACAACAAAAACAAAGGGAUUUUCCAGACUUCCGCAAGAAGAAAAAUAAAAGAAAAAAAUGUUUUUCCGUGUGGUACAGCGUGAGAUUUGAGAAUCAUGUGCACAGAACGAUGUACAGGUUGCUUCUCGAGGUGGCGUGUGUGGAUCCGCCCACUGCUCAUUGUGUUCUACACGCUUUUUGUGAUAAUUGUCGUUCCCCUGCUCAUUGUGAAUUCCGUGAAAGAUGGUUUCACGCGAAAGGAUCAGCUUAUCCUCAUCGGGGGUCUCUUUGUCCUCACGGCCCUCCCAAUUUCCUUCUGGCACAUUACACAGCACAUGAUUAACUACACUAAACCCAUCCUCCAGAAGCAUAUUGUCAGAAUUCUCUGGAUGGUUCCCAUCUAUGCCCUGAAUGCGCUCCUGGGGCUUCUCUUUCCCGCUCAUAUCAUCUACAUGGACAGUAUCCGUGAAUGCUACGAAGCGUACGUCAUCUACAACUUCAUGAUGUACCUCCUGAACUAUUUGAAUCUCGAAAUGGACCUAGAGGCAAAUAUGCAGCUGAAACCCUCUGUGAAGCACAUCUUUCCUCUAUGCUGGAUGCGUCCUUGGGAGAUGGGAACGGAAUUCAUCCACAAUUGCAAGCAUGGAAUUAUUCAGUACUCUGUAAUACGUCCUAUAACCACCUUCGUCUCGGUGGUCUGUGAAUUAGCAGGUGUCAAUGGGGAGGGGACUUUCAGCAUGAGCGUAGCCUAUCCGUACAUAAUGGUGGUGAACAACAUAUCACAGUUCUGCGCCAUGUACUGCCUCGUACUCUUCUACCAGGCCAACCGGGUGGAGUUGAAGCCGAUGCGUCCACUGCCAAAGUUUGCCUGCAUCAAGGCUGUUGUCUUCUUCUCCUUCUUCCAGGGCGUCAUCAUUGACAUUCUCGUCUAUUUUGGCUUUAUCAGCAAUAUCUUUGGGUCAGAUGAGAAUGACAGCUAUCAGGAUUUGUCGGCGAAACUGCAGAAUUUCCUCAUUUGCAUCGAAAUGUUCUUGGCGGCUAUUGCGCAUCACUACAGCUUCCCCCAUGAACCCUUUCACAUAAACAUUCCACACUUUAACAGCGAUCGCAACUGGGUGAGCGCCUUGGCGUCCAUGAUGGACUUUUCGGAUGUUCAGCAGGAUGUCAGUGAGCAUUUGGGUGUGGUGGGAAGUAGCCUGAGUCGACGAUUGCGUGGCAGGACGGCGUAUCAGAUGACACGUGGCACAACGGAGCACGACUAUCUCAUUUCAACGGGGAUCAAUCCACCCGAAGGGGGACCAUCAACGUACUACCAGAGUGGGCUGCGGGAUGUUGGCAAUAUUACGGCCAUUGCAUCGACUGCUGGGGUGGGGCAGAAGCAGGGCUAUGGGGCAAUUGAUUCGACCUUUGCAAAGCCAAUUGCAAAGCAAAUGCGCGCGGCAUCACCCCAUCGGGGGGCACCAAUCAAUGAUAAUCCCUUCAAUGCCACGGAGAAUCUCCUUGCGGUGUCACCGCAGACUAAUUCCAAAUCCGACACGAGUUCCACGAAUGUGGGUGGAAUCACAAAGUCCGACAGUGCAGCCAGUGAUUGGCUGAGUAGCCCCACCGAGGAGUUUGCGGGGUUGGACAUUAAGGGGCUCGAAAAUGAUCGGAUUCACCUCAAUGGGUGAUCCCAUGAGGGGGGGCAGACCACCUCUCAGUUUAAGAGAAUUUUUUGUUCAAAUUAUCCAAUAAUGACUGAUGCAACAUGUUCCAGAGAUAUUUAUCCAAAAAUAAGAGAUACAAAGAAAAUUGAUCAAA